AUGUCAUACUAUAAUUCUUGCUAUGGAGCAAGUUUUACUGCGAAUCGUGAAAUAAGAUUCGAUGAUUUUCCAACUAUAUAUGCUACAAGCCCAACCAAUAAUAAUAACAAUACCGCCAUCAAUAUUAAUGUAAGCAAUACAAACUUGAAGAGAAGUAAUCUUCAACCAAUUCCAGUUCAGCCACCACCAGCAUUAUGUUCGUCUUUUUCGCUUGCCAGUUUCACAGAUACCCACAUUGAGCUGGAAUCAAGAAACAGAAGUAACACCUAUCAUGACCCACAGAUGUGUCAAAACAUCUCCACCAUUCAACAAAGAAAUCGUAGUAAUUCUGUUGUUACCACUUUAAAUAACAAGAUUGACAUUGAAAAUCAAAUGAUUUGGAAUGAUUAUUCUAUUUCCAAAGAUUCAGUAUUUGAUGAACCUGUCAAUUUCAAUAAAUUCACUCUAAGUUUAAAAGAUAAUUUAGAAAGUUCUUUUUUAUUUCACCAUUUCUAUAAAUAUAGAAUUUUAUUAAGUGUAUUAAAUAUAAUUGGAUUGAUUGCAGCAAUCAUUUCAUUAUACAAUGGCAGAAACGAUAUUUUUAUGAUAGUGAUUAGAAGUAUUGUUGUGAUGUCAUAUGGAUCGAUGGUUGCAACAGGAUUUCUGCAACCGAAUUUCUAUAGAGUUGUCUUUAAUGUGGUAUUCACAAUAUGUAAUAUAUUAUUCUUUCUCUCGUUGGCCAGAGAAUAUCUUUCAGAAACACCAUCUACCUAUCUAUUUAUUUAUGCAAUUUUCUUCCUAUCACUCUAUUCGUUUGGAAUCAUAAAAUUCCUAUGGAUGAUUCUACUGAAUUCCACCAUAUGGUUGAUAUCGGUUAUCUAUAUAUUCUACAAUCAUCUCGCUAUCUACACAUCCAUUUCAUAUCUAUUAUAUUUCUCUAUCAUUUUCCUACUUGGUGUUUCAAGUAUCUAUGUUUUAGAGAAAUCAAGAAAACAUAGUUUUGUUAAUAAGAUUAAAGUUAUAAAAUCAACAGAUGAAAUUCAAGAAGAGAAAGUAAAGUCUGAGCAAUUGGUAUCAAAGAUUCUACCGGAAUUCAUUAUCAAUAUGAUGAAAGAAAUAUCAUGUGACACUCCAUUUCCAUUACUUUCAAAAGUAUUUCCAGAUUGUUCUGUAUUAUAUUGUGAUAUUGUUGAAUUCACAACUUUAUCUUCAAAGGUAACACCCAAUCAAUUGGUUACAUUGUUAAACCAAAUCUUUACAGAGUUUGAUAAGGUAGUUGCUUCACAUGGCUGUGAGAUGAUAAAAACCGAUGGUGAUGCAUUCCUAUGUGCAGGUGGUCUUACCAUUCAAAAUGGAAAUCACUUCAAAGCCAUCGUGGACACUGCAUAUGAUAUUUUGAAUCUAAAGAUUCUUAAACAUAAUAGUUUAGAUAUUGAAGUGAAGAUUAGAAUUGGUGUGGCGAAUGGAACUGUUAUUGGAGGUAUGAUCGGUUCACAGAAAUUCCAAUUCGAUCUCUGGGGAGAAGCAAUUGCGCUGGCUCAUGCACUCGAACAAAGUGGAUGUCCUGGAAGAAUACACGCUAUCAAGAAAGGUCUUGAGUUGCUCGGUGACAAGUACAUCUCCGUUGAGAAUCCAUCGACACCCGACGAGUUUCAACAACCUACUUACUUUAUCUAUCCAAACCAAUCGACUACCACUACCUCUGAUGAUAGUAGUAGUUGUUCGUCAUCGUUGUUAUCCGGCGCUAUCGUGCCAGUGAGUGCCAGUCCACAGUCGACCACAAGUGAAUCCACUGUAUUGGAUAUCAGUGAAGUAAACUCAUCUUCCACCUCUACAAGUAGAAGUAGUUCCAACAGUAACAAUAACAUAACGAUCGGUGGUGGUGGUGAAGAUGCAAGUUGUCAACACUCUGCAUCUAAUCUGGAGAACAUUGUUUCAAAGACAAAACAGCUGUUAAAGUCAACCAAUCUAUUCCCAGCGAAUGGUGUUGAUUCCGAGUCAAAGCAUAUCGACGAGACCGAGUGUUAUAUAUUCGAUCGGUUCACAAGAUUCAAUCUCUAUCUGCUGAUGUUUAGAAAUUGGUAUGUCGAACGAUUCUUCUACAAACACGUUAUCAAUAGAACCGUCUGUGAAACCAGAGUGUUCCUUGUGAUCGGUGCAUUAAUACAAAUGAUAUUCGGUGUCAAUGACUUUCUAUUGAUACCCAUUCAAGGUCUUUACUCAACGAGAACACUCUACAUAUGGAUAGCUACAUUUGAUAGAAUACCAUUGGUUAGACUUACUAUCAUACUUUUCUUCUCCACCGUAUUUCAUUCUUUGAAUUAUUUAUUCUCUGCUAUAAUUAUUAUAAUUUUAACCAUUUUAUAUUUUGUUUAUUUUGGUAGAUUAUCAUUUUUUGAUAUGACAAUUGCUGAUUACUUUGGUAUUGCUAUAUUCAUUCUAUUGCUUUUGGCAUCACUCUAUAUUAUGAAACUUGAAAUCAGAAGAGCAUGGUUAAUUAGAUCAAAUGUUAAAUACAAAAGUUUAGUUUUAGUUGAUGAGAAAGAGAAAUCAUCUAAACUAUUGCAUCAUAUAUUGCCACCACAUAUAACAGAAAAGAUAAUAAAAGAUAAAAGCAAUAAUGGUAAUGGUAUGCUUAUAUCACAGAAUCACAAUGCGGUGGUUGUAAUGUUUAUAAAUAUACUUGGAUUCGAGAAGCUACAGAAUCACCACGAGAUACUCUCACAUCUCAAUAAGAUCUUUACUAUCUUGGAUGAUGAAGUCAUUCACUACAAGAUCGAGAAGAUUAAGACUAUCGGUACGACCUACAUGGUGGUAGCCGGUCUGAAUCACCAUAUCAAUGGCAACAACAAUGUCAACAUUGGCAAUAGCAAUGUCAGUCUCUCGAGUAGCAGUAGUAGUGAACAACAAGCCUAUCUCAGACAAUCGAUUCAGGACAUGGCCAAUAUGGCGCUGUCGGCCAAGGCAUUCGUAAAGUUUAUCGAUCCGCGACUCGACGUGCAGAUCGGGAUGAGCGUAGGUCCGUGUGUCUCUGGUUGCAUCGGUAUUCAACGCGCCAAGUUUGACAUCUGGGGCGACACUGCCAACACUGCCUCGCGAAUGCAGACCUCUGCACCGCCCGGCAAGAUACAGGUUACCAAGGAGGUGUGUCGUCUGCUGAUGCGUUGCUUCUACAUGGAGGAGCGUGGUGUCAUCCAGGUGAAAGGCAAAGGUGAAAUGAAAAGCUUCUACCUCAUCGGCAGGAAGACAUCGAAUGACAACACCAUCGACGAACUACCACCACACUGGAAAGAAGUAAACUUUAAGCAACACGAAGAUUAA